CGCUUCGUCAUUCACAACUAACUGCGGGAAGAAAGACAAUGGCGCGAACUGCUCAGCUUCCUCUUUCGGCACUUCGCGCCCUCACCGUACUGCUGCUGCUCCUUUCUCUGCGGCCAAUAGCCGCUGGCCAAAACUACGCCGACGCCCUCCGAAAGAGCAUUCUCUUUUUUGAAGGCCAACGCUCGGGCAAACUCCCUCCUGAUCAACGCCUCAGAUGGCGCCGUGACUCCGCAUUGCACGACGGUGCUACCGCCGGAGUGGAUUUAACCGGCGGUUACUACGACGCCGGCGAUAACAUAAAGUUCGGGUUUCCGAUGGCUUUCACGACAACGAUGCUGUCUUGGAGCAUCAUCGACUUCGGGAGGACAAUGGGACCUGAACUGGGGAACGCCGUGAAGGCGGUGCGUUGGGCUACCGAUUACCUGCUGAAGGCGACGGCGCGACCGGGCGUCGUUUUUGUGCAGGUAGGCGACCCGUACUCGGAUCACAACUGUUGGGAGAGGCCCGAGGACAUGGAUACGUUGCGCACAGUGUACAAAAUCGACGGGGCCCACCCAGGAUCCGACGUGGCGGGCGAAACUGCAGCUGCGCUAGCGGCUGCGUCCAGUUUCAGAUCACGUGACCCCGCAUACUCCCGAUUGCUGCUCAAUCGAGCCGUUGGGGUGUUCCGGUUCGCUGACAAGCACCGGGGGGCGUACAGUAAUAGCCUGCGCCGAGCUGUGUGCCCAUUUUACUGCGACGUCAAUGGUUACCAGGACGAGUUGCUUUGGGCAGCAGCGUGGUUGCACAAGGCUUCCCGUAGGCGUCAGUACAGGGAAUACAUUGAAAACGAGGUGGUGUUGAGAGCAGGAGACACCAUUAAUGAAUUUGGUUGGGAUAACAAGCAUGCUGGGAUUAACGUCCUCGUCUCCAAGGAGGUGUUGAUGGGAAGAGCAGAGUAUUUUGAGUCGUUCAAGCGAAACGCAGAUGGAUUUAUCUGUUCUAUAUUGCCAGGGAUUUCUCACCCUCAAGUUCAAUAUUCUCCUGGCGGGCUCAUAUUCAAGGCUGGAGGGAGUAACAUGCAGCAUGUGACGUCACUGUCUUUCCUGCUUUUAGCCUAUUCCAAUUACCUCAGUCACGCCAAUAAGGUCGUGCCAUGCGGCGAGACCACUGCCACUCCUGCCUUACUCAAACGCCUCGCCAAACGCCAGGUGGACUAUAUUCUCGGAGACAAUCCACUGGGGAUGUCGUACAUGGUCGGAUACGGAGCUCGCUACCCUCAAAGGAUCCACCACCGUGCGAGCUCGCUUCCUUCAGUGGCAGCUCACCCAGCCCAUAUCGGUUGCAAGGCUGGAUCUCGAUAUUUCCUGAGCCCAAAUCCCAAUCUCAACAUAUUGGUAGGAGCAGUGGUGGGUGGGCCCAAUAAUAAUACGGACGCAUUCCCUGAUUCUAGGCCAUUCUUUCAGGAGUCCGAGCCCACCACGUACAUCAACGCUCCUCGUGGCCUUCUAGGCUUCUUUGCCGCCCACCCUUGAUGGUUUAAAAAUGUAAAUUGGGUAUUUCCAGUGGUUGGCAAAAUGGUCGCCCUGUAGGCUCAGAAAGGGAUGAGGGAAAGCAAGAGAGAGGUCAUGAUGGGGUGGUAAUGUUAUGGUUAAUGGUGGAAGAUGCGUGGUCAUGUAUCGCAGAUUAUGAAUACUUAAAAGGGAUUUGCACGCGAAAGUGUGGCCCGUAA